AUCAAGUACGUGCCCUACGUGGGCGACAGCAAGCGGGCGCUGGACGAGUACACGUCCGAGAUCAUGAUGGGCGGCACCAACACCAUCGUCAUCCACAACACGUGCGAGGACUCCCUGCUGGCCAGUCCCAUCAUCCUGGACCUGGCCAUCCUCACGGAGCUGUGCCAGCGCAUCACCUUCUGCACCGAGAGCGACCCCGACUUCCAGGGCUUCCACAGCGUCCUCUCCAUCGUGGCGUUCCUGUGCAAGGCGCCGCUCGUGCCCGACGGCGCGCCCGUCGUCAACGCCCUCUUCCGCCAGCGCAGCUGCAUCGAGAACAUCCUGAGGUACCGGCCUUGCCCGCUGCCCUUCGUCCUGCCAGCUCCAUGGGUAUCUUGCCCGUCUCGGUGGAUCCUGGUGUCCUGUGGGUCCUGGUGUCCUUCGGAGCUGGUGGCCCCGUGCCCAAGGACGCUCAGGGUGCUGGCGCACAACGCCUGGGGUGGCUAA